GCCUCUGCCUCCCGAGUGCUGGGAUUAAAGGCGUGCGCCAGCACCGCCCGGCUUCACAUUUUAUAACUAAGAUUUUACCUAGCAUUUUUCUUACGUUCCGUCUGAUCAGCACCUUUUCCUGAGCUUACCUACAGAUUUGCUAUGAGUGCCUGAGCAUCCAGAUAUGAAACUUGGGUUCUGUGAUUUGAAUUGCAUUAGGUAACUACUCAUCCUAGAAGACAUACUCCAAGUGGUUCAGGACAUCAGUGUGUUAGGGUAGUUGAUCAGCACCCACCCCAGCAACUCAUGCAGUUAGUGGUAGUAAGAGUGAACUCAGGAACGUGACCAACGGGCCACCUCCUUUCUAGUGUAGCUGCAUGGUGGAUGUGGAAAUGUUUGUGCGUUUUUAGAAGCCCAGAAAAGCCUCCAAAAACAGUUACUAGUAUUGAUUAAACUUUCUUACUUUGCAUUGUUCUAAUCGCGAUCAGCUGCCGCUCCUGCUCGCCCUCGUCACUUUCUCUUCUGCAAUUCCUCUUUUGUUUCCUCUGUGCAAGAACUAACGUUCCUACACCAAGAGAGGCAUGCCUGGCAUGCUCUGUGUGUCCUGGUUUCCAUUUCAUAAAGAUGUGCGAUCACAGAGGAUCUCCCGUACACAUAAGACACACAUGCUGACUCCUGAGUUACAGUCCACUCAUCCUCUUUAACUCAGUGGCCUUUCUCCUCCGUAAUAAAUAACUAGGGCACAUAUUUGUGAAUUAAAAAUCACAUUUGCUUGACUUACCCAUGUUUCUGGGUGUCUGGUGUUCUGUGUGACUCCCUAGAAAGCAAGCAUUGAAGAAUAGUGGUGGAGUUUCUGGGAACUCUGGGGUUUGAAAUCUGUGGACAUUGCCCUACCUGUCCUUCAGAAACAAAAAGAUAAGCCAUUUCCUUCACCUCUCUAAGUUUUUGCUUUAUAUUAAAUAUAGGAUGCGUCUAGAUAUGAUUAGGGCUAAUUUUGUGGUAAAGUUGAAAAACAUUGUCGUAGAACUACGCUUUAACAAAUUACUCAAAACAAACAGAAAAAAAUCAAAUAUAGAAAAUUUUCAAAAGGCACCCUUAACUGUAUGAUUAAUUGACUGACAUCUAAUGUAGUAAAAGUAAGUGCUGUGAUUUUGCUCAAGUCUCAGUGCUGAGUUCUUGAAGACCCGAAAUUCAGGUGAGUUAAGUACGCAUCUUGGCUGUGCUCGCUGCUUCGCAGUGGGCUUGCUGCUCCUCUGUCCCCUGUAGAGAUAAUCCACCCGUGCACCUCACCAUCUCUCUGCUUCAGGCCAGGUAGCACAGGUACCAGGCAUGUUUUCACGCUAGGAAUUUUUAUUAAGAGGGGCUGGAUUGCUGCUCUCUGCCCCUGCUAGCUAAUUCUGUAAGGAUCUCAUCCACCAGAGCAUGCUCGAAAAAAUGAGUAUUUCGACCAGGUUUUAAGUUAUUAUAAGUGCUAGUAUUAUCUUGGACUGGAAUAUGUAUUUGCUGUCUUCUGUCUGCUAUGAUGAGCAAGCCUGCAGGUUGUUAUGUUAGUGGUAAGCACUUACCGUUUUAAUCUUUCUUGUUCAUUCAACAGUUACUUUACUGUCAUUUAUGGGAAACAGCAGUGAAUAAAACUGGCCUGACCCUGCCCCACGCUGCCUACAGUUGAUUGCUCAUUCUCUGAAGGUCUUUUUUGUUCGUUUGAUUUUUGCGUUUGUCUUCUUUUUAAUCUUCAUUUUUUUGACAGUUUAAUAUGUGUAUAGAAUGCAUUUUGAUCAUGCUCACCUCGUUACCCUUUCUUAAGUUUUGUAAUUCAUUGUAGUUUUUAUUCUUCUCUCGCAAAGGACUCUGUAGAUGGAGAGCUGACUGCUGAGAACUCCCAAGUUAGAUAGGAUUAAUGAUGUUUUAAAGCAGUGCUCCAAAUACGUGGUACGCCUCCUUCAAAGUUGAGUUCAGUUAUAUAAUCUAGUUCAUCUCCCGUUCUUCAACAUUUUAUUACUUUAUCAUACAUAUAGAGUAUUAUCGCUGCUGAGUUUCCUUCUGUGAUCCACCCUGUUUAUUCUCUACGGAAAGUAUUUUAAGCACAUGUUGACAUCUUUCUGAAUUGUGAGCCAGUGGUUUGUUAUGAUUCGUAUAAGUGGGAGCAAAGCUUUGGUGAUUCUUAGCAAAAUCUCUUUGACUUUUUAAAAUGAAAAAAAUUACCAGUGCAGGUAAGUGUCGCUCAGGCUUUGUAACUGACAAAGCAACUCUCAGAACUGUGGGGCUGAAAUACAAAAACUGUUUCAACUUCUCAUAGAAAUCAAUUUCAGCAAACCCUCUGAAGUGCAAUUUGCUUGCUUGUUAUUUUUCUUCAUGAGCCACUAUCUCCUCAGAAUAAAAUAAAACGUAAGAGGAUGAACUUCCGUGCCCAAGCAUAGACUCUCUCCCCCAGCUACCGCUGCUGUCUAAUGCAGAGUCACCUGCGGAGUAGGGUAGAGGAGGAAUCCGCAGGGCUGGACGUGUUCUGAAGUCACAGCAUAGAGUGGGUGUGUGUGCUCCCCCCUUCUACAGUCCCUCAGACAAAGGCACAGAGGGAUUCCAUCACUUAAGUAAUGAAACCAAUCUUUGAUAAAGUAUUUAACUAGAAAAGGGAAGCAUGAAUGUAAGUUUUCUGGGAUACAGACUUAGAGCAGUGAUGAUACCACCACCCCCGCCGGACUCAGAAUACACAGAUAAGUGUAGUUAACAUUUUAGUUCAGCGUACAUAAAUAUAAGCUGUGUUUAUUUUUUUAUAUUUAUUCUGUCCAAAUCUAAUUAACUCCUGAUUUCCUUUGUUUAGGGAAAUAAUGAAUAGUUCUUUGAAAUUAUUUGGCAAUUAAUAAAAAUUCAAAGUAGGGUAAAAUUUAGAGAAAUUAAUUUAGGAGUUACAUUAUAAGAUAAAUUAAGUUAACAUGGUGGCUUUAUUUGCAGUUUUAUUUCUGGUUAUAAGCUAUAUAGCGGGGGUAAUUUGUAGACAGUUCUGUUUGUGGACUGUCUGAAAUCCUUAACCACUAAGGCCUUUCUGUUAUGAAAUGCCCUGCACUGGUCAGCAUAGGUAGAGUGUGAACAUGUUUAGAGUGUGAACGUGUUUAGAAGGCAGUAAGAUUUAUAACAAAAAAUACACAGAUUUGUUAUUUGCUAGUCAACUUUGGUUUUAGAAUUAAUUCUACCCAAAUCAUGCACUCAGAAUUGCUAAUUAUUUUAAUGGUUAAUUAAAUUAUUAAAAAAUUACCUUACAAAUUGUCUUUUAAACUUUUUUCUUAGUUAUUACUUCCUUUUGGAAUUUUUUUUGGGCAGUUCUCAUAUAAAAAUGAUAGCACUGACCCUCCUUCCAAACUCAAGUGUAUGUCAGGAUUUCUCCACAUGCAGGUUGUCUUGCUAACCUGCCCUAUCACAGAUCACAGUAGAAUGGAGAUGAGAUAGGAGUUGGCGCCUAAAUCCUGUCUUGACCACACAGACAGCAGCACGUAGUUCACUAGCAGUGGGGGUAGAUGCAGCCAUCUCGGUCACUGACUGCAAGGAAAGGCCAAAAAUGAAAAUACUCUUUAUAAAGUAUUUACAUUAUUCAGGAACUUUUAUAUUCAUAAUUACCACACCAAAUAUUCAGUGUGUGCCCUGGGCAAGUAAGUAUUGACAAAACUAAUGUUGCUAUUUUGCAAUUUUAAUGUUCUUCCACUUAUGCAUGUCCUAUGCUUGAUAAAAAUGGGGCUUUUGCUUGGACUUUAAAAAAUACCUUUAUUUGUUUAAAGUUUUAUUUUUUUAAAUAAUGUGAAUAAUAAUAAUACUGGGUUCUAUAUACUUAGUAAUUUUGUAAUGAUGCUUGAAUGUCCUCUAUUAAAUAUUUUCUUUCUAUAUUAUUUUUACAUAUCAUCAAAUUCUGAAAGUAAGUGAGGAUUUUAAGAAAUAUUAUUAGAUUGUUAUACAGCUUGAAAAGUUAGAUUGUUAUACAGCUUGAAAAGUUUUAAACCGAACCUGUCGUCGGCAUAUCCUUUUGUUAUUGGUUUUUAAGUAUUUGAUUUUUAUUGCCCCUCACGCUCUUCUAAUCAAAUGCUUCUGAGUACUUAAGUGAAAGUAAUCACAGCGUACUAACCACUGCCUUGUGUUCUUUGUGAUACUUGUAGGUCUCUUUUACUUUAUACCAUUGUUAUGCCAUUUCCUUUCAUCAUAAAUAUCAACACAGUGUGUAUAUAUACUGUCAGUCAGCUAAAGACCUAGCUGCCCGCUGGCAUCUUUAAGAUAUCUUCAGGUUUUUCAACAAUGAUCUCAUGCAAAAAAAGUUUUGCCUUUUCCCUGACACCUGGCUCUUGUAGCAAACCUGUAUUUAAUGUCCCUCACAUGUACCUGGAAUCUGAACAGAGGGUGGUUGCUACAUUCCAACCAGCCUUACACCAUUCUUCAGUUUAAAUUGGCAGUUCUGCAAGUAGCCCCAGUCACAAGUGUAGGCAGUGUGGGUAGCAAUGCUGAGAUGAGGUUUCCAGAGGCACUCUCCUGACGAAACUGAGUUUGUAUCUUCCAUCAUAUUAAGCUUAAUAACUCUUCACUAAUUUUGUUUGCAGUCAGUAACUCUAAUAGCCAUUUCUUUUGGUUAGAUUCCUUUUUUAUUAACAAGUGGGGAAUCAUUCAGCAUCACAAAUUGGCUUUUUUUUUCUAGGUAAUGCUGUUUUUUUCUUUUUAUGUGUGCAUUUAUUUGGCCAUGUAAAGUGUGCUUACAACUAAUCAAAACAAGCAGUUGGUGGGAAUUAAUGCACGACUCAUCGGCAGAGUGGAAUAUAGCAUGCGCUCUGAAAUUGCAGUUUGUUCACGCUUUAGUUUCUGUCCUUUACACUCCAGUUUCACUUAUACUAUAAUCCAUUCUGUUUCUACUUCUUCAUAGAUUGGCCAAAAUGGGAAGGGCUGGAUUCUGCUCUCUUCCACGAAGAGUUAAUGGGACUGGCUAAGAUCAAAGUCUGAGGCUUUUUCCAUCCUUAAUCAGUCCCUUUUUGCUUUCUUUUACGACCACAUGAAACUUGAGAAGCCACCUAAAGCUAUAUCACUUAGUGGAGUUGGGCAGUUCCCAGGUGUCCAACAAGAAGGCCUGGUUUAGGCUGCGAUGGCCACUGUCAUUCCUGGUGAUUUGUCAGAAGUAAGAGAUACCCAGAAAGCCCCUUCAGGGAAACGUAAGCGUGGUGAAACCAAACCAAGAAAAAACUUCCCUUGCCAACUGUGUGACAAGGCCUUUAACAGUGUUGAGAAAUUAAAGGUUCACUCCUACUCUCACACAGGAGAGAGGCCCUACAAGUGCACACAACAAGACUGCACCAAGGCCUUUGUUUCUAAGUACAAAUUACAAAGGCACAUGGCUACUCACUCUCCUGAGAAAACCCACAAGUGUAAUUAUUGUGAGAAAAUGUUUCACCGCAAAGACCACCUGAAGAAUCACCUCCACACCCACGACCCCAACAAAGAGACCUUCAAAUGCGAGGAGUGCGGCAAGAGCUACAACACCAAGCUCGGCUUCAAGCGGCACUUGGCCCUGCACGCUGCCACCAGCGGCGACCUCACCUGCAAGGUGUGUUUGCAGACUUUCGAAAGCACCGGCGUGCUCCUGGAGCACCUGAAGUCGCACGCGGGCAAGUCCUCCGGGGGCGUGAAGGAGAAGAAGCACCAGUGUGAGCACUGUGAGCGCCGGUUCUACACCCGGAAGGACGUCCGGAGACACAUGGUGGUGCACACCGGGAGAAAGGACUUCCUCUGCCAGUACUGUGCACAGAGAUUCGGACGGAAGGAUCACCUCACUCGACAUAUGAAGAAGAGUCACAACCAAGAGCUUCUGAAGGUCAAAACUGAACCGGUAGAUUUCCUGGACCCUUUCACCUGUAACAUGUCUGUGCCUAUAAAAGACGAGCUCCUGCCGGUGAUGUCCUUGCCUUCCAGUGAACUCUUGUCCAAGCCAUUCACAAACACUUUGCAGUUAAACCUCUAUAACACUCCAUUUCAGUCCAUGCAGAGCUCCGGAUCUGCUCACCAAAUGAUCACAACUUUACCUUUGGGAAUGACGUGCCCCAUCGACAUGGAUGCUGUUCACCCCUCCCACCAUCUUGCUUUCAAAUGCCCGUUCAGUUCUACCUCAUACGCAAUCUCUAUUCCUGAAAAAGAACAGCCGUUAAAGGGGGAGAUUGAGAGUUACCUGAUGGAGUUACAAAGUGGUGCGCCCUCUUCAUCCCAGGAUUCUCAAGCGUCGUCAUCUAAGUUAGGGUUAGAUCCUCAGAGCGGGUCCCUCGAUGACGGUGCGGGAGACCUCUCGCUGUCAAAGAGCUCUAUUUCCAUCAGUGACCCCCUCAACACACCAGCAUUGGAUUUUUCUCAGCUGUUCAAUUUUAUACCAUUAAAUGGCCCUCCUUACAAUCCUCUGUCAGUGGGGAGCCUUGGGAUGAGCUAUUCCCAAGAUGAAGCACAUUCUUCCGUUUCUCAGCUGCCCGCCCAAACACAGGAUCUCCAGGAUCCUACGAGCACCGUGGGUCUCGGUUCUCUGCACUCGCUCUCCGCGGCGUUCACCAGCAGCCUGAGCACGAGCACCACCCUGCCCCGUUUCCACCAGGCCUUUCAGUAGGGCCUGGUGGCAGGUUCGAGGGGGAGGCGCGUGUGUGUAGCCCCGCCCUCGCCGACCGUUUUUAUCUUAGUGCCUACUUUAAGACAAUACAAAGACUUCUGCUUUUGUAUAAUAUCAGGUUUCACAAAGCCAGUAAAUAAUAGGAACUAGCCUCUUCGAUAAGCUUUGAAACCGUUCAUGUUUAAUUACGUUUGCUGUUUCUCCCGAUUUACUGCCAGCUGUCAUAGUCUCAGAGUUUUACUUCAUAUAGGAGCGCCAUUAUUAUCACUAAAUUCUUCAGGUCCUGUGUUCAAAUUACUAUUAGGCUUUAAAAUUUUCAUUUUUGUCUAAUAGCAUUGGGCAUCGGACAUUCGGCUCAUUUUUUUUUUUGCAAAUAUGCAAUACAAUGUAAAUCUUAUGUAACGUGUGUGAAUAGCUGAGGUGUUUUACAUGUUUUGCUAGCCCCUAAAUAGAUUCAUGAUCAAGUGUUUUAAAGGAAUCGAGAAUCCAGCUUGGGGAGAUUAUAGUGGUUUCUUAAAUAUGCCAUCAUUUCAGAUCAAUAUAUUUUGAAGACUAUUGUCUGGCUAGAAUAGUAUGAGCACAUGACAAAACGAGAGAAGAGAGUUUCAGCAUCUAAAAGAAACCUUGAGAGGUCACAGGGUGUUCUGUGUUGGCCCUCAGGCUGUUCUGCCACAUCUCAACCAUCUUUACUUUAUGUUAACAGUGUGUGGUAUCAGUCUUCAGGACCAGGGCAGAAAUGUCCUGUUUCAUGUCCUUCGCCUUUCGUGCCCAGAAUGGCCUCAGUGUACCAGCAUUCUUAAUGUUGCAUGUUGUCCGUGGUUAGUCCAGAGUCUUAGGGCCAUUGUGGGGCAGUAGUCAGUGAAACGCAGAGUAGACUGCCUCAGUCACUGGAGUGAGACUCCUCAGCCGGACGAUGGAUGUCAAACAUACAGCCAGACCUCAGAACUUGUCUAGAGAAUUCCCACCGUUGCCAGAGCUGAAAACUGGACUCUUCCGGGGCAGAGUAAGCCUAUCCCGGCACUUCUAAAACAGCAGUGUACGUCCUCCUCGCCCCGCCGUGGUUGGAUGGAGAACUUAAACACAUUAAAAAGCGACCUGAGGAGUCUCCACGACGUGUUACACAACCCACACAGUAAAACCCCACUUUUGACACAUCUUAGAGAGUGGGAGGAGUGUUACAACAAGCCGAGUUUAUAGAGGAAGCAAGGAAAAUAAGGCACACACCGAGUGAGUGUGAAAGCACUGAGGGUGUGGUGCUCACAGACGCGGUAGUGAUGGCUUCCUCACCCCAGCCAGGGCUCUGAUCAGCAGUGCCGUGGAGAUUUUCCUAAGGGUUGCUCGUGGCAUCAGCCUGCAAGCUGUGUCUAUUAAGCACUUGUUAACUCCUUAUUUUGAGACCCCUUUUGUUGGGGCAGGGGUAGGGGAAAAUUUACAGAAGAGUAUGUAUCUCUUAAAAAAAAAAAAAAAAAAAAAAAAAGAGGAGGAAGAAGAAAUAUUCCUGAAUUUCAGAGCACUCAAUCAGCCCUGUGUGGGGAAACCCGUUCCCUUUCAUAGGGCCAACUAUUCACUGCAGAUUGCAUUGUUUACCAUUAAUUCUAAACAUGAGUAUAGAUUGCUGAAUAUGAUGCGUUAUUUAAAAUCCUUGGGAGUAGUAUAAACUGAGGAGAAGUGGAAGAUGUCAUAUGGGUGGGGCUUUCGCUGUAUGUUACACACACGUCUAGCGCACUUGGUAGAACCAGAGUCGCUCUCUGGAGGGCUCUCGCUCCUGGUUUUCACCCUGGAGCAAUAGUUUUUAUACUUAUGUAUUUAAAUUUUAUUAUGAAAAUUUACAUUUUAUUAAAAAAAAGUGUUCCAAAGGCAUUAAAAUUAUAUAUGUUAAUAAGGAAAUGCAUUUUUAGCUCUUCGAGCUGCUCCCGGGCUGUGGUCGGGCGCAUGCUCACUCUCCACAUGGGCUCUUUGCUUCAAGGCGGCUUCCUUAGUUUCUGUGAAACAGAUCGCUUACCUAAAGCUCUAGUUGAAUGAUUAGUGUUCAAUAUUGCUUUAAUCACCAUUGAAAAAGGAAAAGAAGCUUGGUGACAGAGCACAAGUAAAUAGAAAACCUAUUUUUAUGUAGAGGUUGGUCCCAGACAUCACAUAUGAAAGCACUAGCUUAUUCUAUCUAAAAUUUGCGUAAGAAGAAGUCACACUAAUGACCUGAGACGUUGGCCUUUAUGGGCUGUAUUUCACUGCUAAUUGAAAAAAAGGGAGUACCAGGAUAUAUGAAAUAAAGCAUUUUGAAAUGGGAAUGGCGCCAUAUCUGUAUAUAUAUAAAUAUAUUUUUAUCUUAAUUCUUGCCCUGCACAGAACUCUAAUACACAUCUUCCAGGGUACAGUGUUAAAAUGUAGAGUCUUCAUUUUCCUCGUAUGUACACCUCUCUGCCUAUUGCUGCCCCCACAGACUUGAAUAACACUUCAAAGUAAGAGGGAAUCCAGCAAGUUGGGUUGGAUUUUUUUGUUUGUUUAUUUGUUUGUUUUGUAUUGUUUUGUUUUUAAUUGACUGCAGUGGUCACUAAACCCUUUCUUGAUAGAUUUUUCUAUUAAAGAUCAGGCAGCUUUUAAUGUAAUUGCACAAUGUUUUAACAAGGAUGUAACACAGAAUUGGCUCCCCUCCCCCCUAGAAAAUGUUGUCACUUGUUUUGGUUUUUAUUUGAAGUAGGAGUGAUUAGGGAUAGUUCUUGCCAAUGCUGUUUUCAUUCACCAGUGGCCAGAUUCAUCGUCCUUGGAAUUUCUGAUAGUGCCUUAGAUUGGCUGAAAGAAAAGGGAUUAACCUUAACGAAAAUAGUUUAGUGUAGAGUUUGGAGCUCAGACAAGACACCGAGCCUCAUUCAGUUUGACCCUCUCGUGUGUGUGCAGACUGUGUCGGCAGCUGCCGCAGCACGGCGGUGGAAGAACCGAGGCGCCGUAGGCAAUAUACUCCACUGAUAUUUACUAAUACCACCCUGGUAGUUAUUGGUCACUGUUAGGCUUUCAUUUAAAAUCCUAUUCCAUAGUUCAAUUUUCUAGGACUUAAGUUUUCUUGGUGGGUUAUGCACCAUUCUGUACGCAGCUUUUUCUUUUUUUUUUUUUAUUUCAGUCAGCAUUUCUUUCGAGCUGUGUGUUUUUGCGUCUUUGUUGCUUGUGCUUUUUUGUUUUUUUAGCCAUUUGUGGAAUAUAGUGAUAUAUUGUGUUAAUUUGGACAGUGACGGUUUUUUAAAACCAUAUACUGACUGAAACAUGAGCCAGAGCUGAUUGCUUUAUUAAGCUAAUAAUGAAUGUUAUAGAGUACAUAUUUCAGGAUCAUUCAUCUAGUGAGCAGGACACAUAGAGGCCAAUUAAAAAAGAGAGCUUGGUCAACCUCUAUACUUCACAUUACUACAAGAUAUAGCACUUUCAAAAUGAACCUAAACUUUUACAGAAACUUUCUAUAGGUUAUGCCUUUUAUUUUAAGACUUAUUAUAUUCGUUUCAAGUGCCAUUAGAUGCUAUAUAUGUAGGCCUUUGAUAUAUAAUGCUUUGUGUACAAAAAAAUGGUAGAUGGUAUUUUAAACAGGUACAUUUUUACAGUGUUUUCUUAUCGAUUUGCUAUAUUGCACAGAAUCAGUGUGUGUCUUUUCAUAUGGUUUUACAAUGGUUUAUUUUUUUACAAGGUUUACGUAUCUCAAAGCACACUGUCUUCCCAGUCCGUAAGUAAGUUAAAAAAAAGAAAGAAACCAGUUCACCCAAGUUGCUUCUAGCCUACUGAGAUCCAUGUGACAUUGGAGGAGAUCUUCUCAAUGUUGAGUAUUCGUCCUUAGUGAAGGCAGACUGGUUUUUCUGACUAAUGAGUCCCUCGGUGAGUCUGUUUUGUUUUAUGCACGCUGUCAGCAGCCAGGUCACACAAUGUAUCUUGAUCACGUGGGUCUGUAUGAAUACCUGAAUUAUAUUGUAGCCACAGAGCGCUCCUCGGAGAUUAUAUGCAAGAUAACGCUACCAGCCUUAGUAACAGCACACAGAUCACCAGUAAGCCUUUCUCCAAUGUUAGCAGCCCCUGGGGAUGGAAGGCAGUGUCUUUUGAUAGCUUAUCUAGCUCUAUAGAUGACACAGAUUUCUCUGUAUAAGCUUCAGUGGUACAGACAAACCAGAAUGAAUGUCUAUCUUCUCAGAAACCCUCCUUCAACAUUAUAUGGGAUCAUGCUGCUACUGUCACUUGGGACACAACUCUCACGGUGCUACAAACUUCUGUCUCGUUCAGUUGUAUUUUUUUUUUAUCCAUAGGAAAAGGACUACAUAGGUGUAAAGGUGUACAAUAUAUUUUUAUACUGUGACUUAAUUUGUCAUUAACAAACUUUUACACCACCACAGUGUAUUCAUGUGCGCUUGCAAAAGGAGAUCGUGGAUGUGCAAAUGUUACCAGAACAAACCCAGCUUUUGUCCACAAGGUGACUGUAACUCAGAGUGGAAAGUGGGCUUGAUGUAGGGUGUGGAGUGAAGAACACACUAUAAGUUACUAACAGCCCUUUGAAUUUAACAAAAACUGGGAGUCCAUCGGGAAAAUGGACUGCAUCAUGCCUGAACAUAAGCUGACUGCUGAAAUUGUAUUUUUAGCUAAUGAAAAAAAGUGUUUGGACUAGUACUCUAAAAAUGCUCUAAUGGUAAAGUUUUGAGUCAAAUAGAAAUGAAAAAAAAAUCUGCAUUCCAGACUGAAUUUUGUAUAUUUUUAUUGCAUUUUAAAUUGCUAUUCUGUGAUAUUGGAAAAUCAAGUGGCUUAUCGUGUAUAUCAUGUACUUAAAAUGUAUUCACAAACUACUGUUGUAUUUGUAUAAAAUAUAGACAAAGGUCA